ACCACUAGUCUUACUAACUUAUCCUCUAGUGCUGUACUGUCUAUAAAAACCAACAUGAUUGAUUGAACCUCUCCCACACUCGCUACAUUCACACUUUUCCCAUAGCAUUCACCUUGUUUCAUUUCUUGAAGAUGGCUCCCAAGUGUCUUAGGACUCCGGUAACCAUUGUGGUUCUGCUCAGCAUCAUCUCCUUCCCUUGCGUCUCGUCCGACAACCUCCCGUGCCCGCCAAAAGUCCCGUCGCCUUCUCUGCCGCCAGCCCCGAAAGGGCCCGGGAAGUGCCCCAAAGACACGCUGAAGUUCGGGGUCUGCGGAAGCUGGCUCGGACUGGUCACCGAGAACAUCGGCGCCAAACCCAGCAAGGAAUGCUGCACCCUCGUGGCGGGGCUUGCUGAUCUCGAAGCUGCAUUAUGCUUGUGCACUGCAAUCAAGGCUAACGUGCUGGGCCUCGUGAAGAUCAAAGUUCCGGUCGCUCUCAGCUUGCUUGUGAAUGGUUGUGAGAAAAAGGUUCCCCAAGGAUUUCUGUGUGCUUGAAAUUGAGGUUUAGCUGCGUGCGAUUUGCUCUUCAGAACGUUAGUGAAGUUCUCGUUCAAAUGAAAUGAAGAAUCUUCAUUUAGGAGACUGAUCAAGUGCAUUGAUGGUAUUUUAUGAAAGAAACUUGGUGGUAUCAUGAUUUUAAA